AUGAGUAGCUUAUUAGGUUCUAUCUUUGGUUCACUCGGCAAUCUCUUUGGCUACUUCCCGGAUAGUGGUAUCCACUUGAACAAUGCACCUUUGGCUGAACAAACCCUUGGUUAUGAGGAUAACAAUAGUGACGCCUUUAGUGAAUAUGAUACUACCACCUCUUUUUCUACCAGAUGGUAUUCUGCUAGUAGAGGUUUUCUUUGUUAUAGAGAGAGUUCUAAGAGCAAUGAAGUUGAAUUUUUCAAUGGGAUAACUUAUUGGAUAGGGCUAAAAAAUGAGUUCUCAGAAUUAUCCCGUGAUUGGUUUUUCAUUAAAGUUGAUAAAAACGAAACUCUAGAAGAAGCUCAUAAAAGAUAUACUAAUGAAUCAAUCGCAAUUUCGCAAAAAAGUCUUGGUCUUAUCGAUAUGCGAAAAACUGGAACAUAUGCUGCUACCUCAUUACGCCUAUUUCAAGACGUAACAAAUGGUCCAAUUAAAAGUGCAAGGUUAUCUGAUGAUGAAGAACUCUGGAUUUCUAAUGCAAGUAUUGGCUCAAUAAUAUGGGCAGAGCAGUAUGAAGGUAAUGCGGCACAGUAUGAUAUUAAUGAAUUUUACCCUUCAGUUUUACUACAAAAGGAAGCACAAUGGCCAAUAGGACCAGGUGAGUUCAAAAUAAUUACAAGUUUAAGUAAUAAUUUGCAGUAUGGAAUUUAUCGAGUUCAUAUAGAAGGUCUGCCUAAAAAAAGUUCUUUACAAUGCUCUCAAUUAUUCAGAUUUAAUCAAGAGGAGUACUAUACGCACUAUGAUAUAGAAAUUGCGAGAAAGAAUGGAUUAGGGGUAGAAUUAAUUAAUAUUAUGCCAAAUGCUUAUGUUUUUAAUCCAGAGAAUUUAAGAAGCGGCAAAUUUUUAUUUGAGAAUUGGGCUGAAGAACUUAUUCCUAUAAAACGUCAAGAAGGAAUUGCAGGUAAAGUUGCAAAAAAUUUGUUAGUUUCAUUAUGGGCAUUUUAUGUGAAAAACCCACGGAAAAAUGGAAAAGUAGGCCCUCAUCGACGCAUGAAGCCAUUUAUUUUAGCUCUUGGUCGUAAAACAAUAACUAACAUAAUUAGACCUUUAAAAAAUCAUGUGAAACGUAUCCAUACAGACGGUUUUAUUUUAACAAAUACAAUUGAUAACAAUUUACAGGUAGGACCAAAUACAGGAGAGCUAAAAUGUGAAAAAAUUGGUCAUGUCUUUAUAAAAAAUUCUAUUAACGUUAGUUGGAGCAAUACAGAAAAAGAAAUUGUAAAUUUUGUAGCUAAACAAGGUAAAAAAGAAAAAGAAAUACGCAUUCCUAAUGAAUUAGUUGUGUUAAUUUUAGAAUAUUGUGAGAAAUUGUAUCCGCUUUUAUUUGUAAAUAAACAUUGGAAUGAAAAUGCAUGCUGGAUGCUAUGGAAUAAAAUAAAGUUAAAUGGAAUGACAGGUGUUAAAUUCUUUUCAAUUUUCGGAGUAGACAUAAAACCAUUACCAUAUAUAUGCAAGGCAUGCCCUAAUCUAAAAGAUUUGUUCUUUAUUGAUUGUGGUCAUCGACUAGUAAAUAAUGAAAGUAUAGAAAAAUCGGUAAUAGAAUGUAAAAACUUAAAAUCCCUUGGAUUAAUAAAGCAAAAACGAGUAAGCUCUAACGUAAUAUUAAAAAUUCCGAUUUUAUGUCCCAGUUUAGAAAAAUUAGUAGUUAUUCAUUGUCCACGUAUAAGAAAAGAAACUAUUGAAAAAAUGCGAAUAUUACACCCUUCACUUAAAAUAGAGUGUGUUACUGAUGAAGGACGCUCUCAGGAGGUAGUUCAACUCCAUCAUUAA